UGCAUGGGAUGUUGUCAUGUGGGCAGAAGAAGACGCAGGCGGGUGGGGGCGCUCUGCUCUCAUUAUCCCUUCUAACCAGAACGCAGGACUCAGUAGCUUUCCAGGGUGCUGAAAGUCGGAGCGUUCCCUCCUCUGUCUUUACUCCGAUCAAAAUAUAACCUUGAAACCAUAUUUCUUUUAUUUUGUCCGUUCACGUCGACCCUCAGUAAGGAUUUUUGUGGACUCUUCUGGUCGAUGGAUGUAUCCACUCGUGUAUGCGCAACAAGAGUGUGCUUUAAUAUUCAUUUGCACCUCUAGGGAAUACUGUAUUAAAAUUCAGGAUUUUAUUUUUUAAUUGGCUUUGGCUGACCGUUUGGACGUGAUAUGAGCUGAUCUAAGGUGAGUCGGCUCAGGGUUAAUUUGACGCAGAGCUACUUUAACAAGGACGUCAUGUCAACACGGAAUCACACGCGGCAAACGCAUGCAGUCUUACUUGAUGUGGCAAUGACGUUCGUAAUUAUAGCGUCGCGCGGAUACUGAGUGGACACCAGCGGUUUAGGGAUGUCAUCCCCUUGAAUCCCGGUGAAUCUUUACACCGCGGUGAAGGAUGGCUUCCGUCCUCUCGGCCGCCUUCGUCCUCUUGUUGGCCCUGAUCGGUCCCGUCGCCACGGUCAGUAACCUCGAGGAUUACGCCGGAGACGAGGCGGAGCGGACGGCCGGUGAAAACCUCGUGUUCGAUGACUACCGGGGCAAAGGGUGCGUGGACGACAGCGGUUUCGUGUACAAACUCGGGGAACGCUUCUACCCAGGCCACUCCAAUUGCCCCUGCGUGUGCACAGAGGACGGGCCGGUGUGUGACCAGCCCGAGUGCCCCAAACUUCACCCCAAGUGCACCAAAGUGGAGCACAAUGGCUGCUGCCCCGAGUGCAAGGAAGUUAAAAACUUUUGCGAGUAUCGAGGGAAAACGUACAAAAUUCUGGAAGAGUUUAAGCCGUCACCUUGUGAAUGGUGUCGCUGCGAGCCAAAUAAUGAGGUCCACUGUGUGGUGUCCGACUGCGCUGUCCCAGAGUGCGUCAACCCUGUCUAUGAGCCGGAGCAAUGCUGCCCCAUCUGUAAAAACGGUCCAAAUUGCUUCGCUGGCUCGACCAUCAUCCCAGCUGGAAUUGAAGUAAAAGUGGACGACUGCACCAUCUGCCGCUGCCACAACGGAGAUUGGUGGAAACCGGCUCAGUGCUUGCGGCGUGAGUGCCUCAACGGCCAGUCAUCGUAGAGAGACUCCAGUGGGGACUAAUGCACCAUUUUAUAGGUUCUGGAAGGAGCACAAUUCUGAAACAACCAGAAGAGGAACACUGUACAGAUACUGUCAGAAGCGUAGUGUGAUUCCACAGUUGAUGAUGGUUAUGAUGAUAGUGGUGUGGCUGUCUCCGGUCUUUUCCCACAACUUUUCUCUAAUAUGUACAGGAUUUGACUUGCUGCUGUCAACAUUUAAGAGUUGAACUUUCUUCACCGUGGGCAACGUGAAUUAAUCAUAAUGUUUGUUUUUGUUGUUCCUGUCAGACACGACCUAACAGCAGGAAAAGGGACUGCAAGCACAUGUCUGUGCUAGUUGUUUUUUCUCUGAGGAGGAUUAAAACACAUUGUCACAAAUUCACUUGAAAAGCUUGUUUACAGGAUGUACGUCACAUUGAAAUGUGUAUUUCCAAUUACGGUUUGAAUUCACCUACUGUACAACACUGAUUGAUGCUAUUGUUCAUUAAAUUAGAUUGUAUUGAUUUCUGCUGAGUUGCAACAUAACAAAAAGUAUUAAAUGUGCCCUUUUAGGAAAAAAAAAAAAAAGUUGCAAAAUCAUAUACUGACAAACAUGUUGAGACAAGUUAAGGCUAGACUUAUUAUGU